GAAGAAGUCACUUUAUUCAUAUCUUGUUUAUAUAUAUACACAUGCAGACCAACUACUCUGUCCUUCAUUCAUCAAUAUUCCUAUCUGCCUUUAUCUCUGUUCUAUCUAAAUAGCACUGAAACAUCUUUGAAUUCCUUCCAGAAUGAAUAUCGUAAUCGAACACAACCCUUCAAGCAUAAAGUUAUCUGAACUUGGAGUCAUGUCAUGGCCUAAGUGGUCUUGUCAGCCGGGGAAGUAUGCAUUGGUGUUUGAAGAAAGAGAGACGUGCUAUUUGGUGAAGGGAAAAGUGAAGGUGUAUCCAAAAGGGUCAUCAUCAGAGUUUGUAGAGUUUGGUGCAGGAGACCUUGUCACCAUCCCCAAGGGACUUAGCUGCACUUGGGAAGUAUCUCUUUUCAUCGACAAACACUACCAGUUCGAUCCUCCUACUUAAUUUUUCCUACUUACAAUAAAGUAUAGAGACAAACCAAAAAGACAAUGCUUAGGAUAUGUACAAAGCUCCUCCUGAUUAUGUUUCUUUGUUUGCCAGAACUAUAAUCUCAGAGUAUAAGCCCUCUAGCUAGUUCAAAGAGACUGAGAUAAAGGGGUUUCAGCUCAUGAGAGUAACUGUAUUCCUAAGCUUGAAGUAAUCAAAAAGUUAAUCUCAUGGGUUAACAGUUUGUUAUAUCUUGUUCCA